UCAAUGAAGAACAAGUUGAAGAUAUGGUCAAUGGAUGGAAAGAUUUUUCAACAUUAAAAACCUUAAAAGUUCAGAUAAACAAACAUCUUUCGACUAUCGUUUCAAAUACACCAUUUCUUAGAAAAAUUUACAUUAAUAAAGGAGAUAUUCAUUUCCUUUUACCUCUUCUAGCCUCGCCAAUUCCCUCAAGAACGUUAACAUCCAUAACAUUACAUAAUGUUAAGUUUGAUAAAUCAGAUCAAUGGGAACUUUUGUCAUCUUUACACAAUCUUGAAAAGCUAAAGUUAAUUGUUUGUUGGAUUCACCCAGAUGUAGAUUCUGAUGCUAGACAAGAUAUGAUUUUUAAAGUUACAAAUAUUAGAUUUAAGAAAUUAAAAUUAUUC